AUGGCUGAUCCGGCUGACGCCAUUCUGGUCUCGGCACCACAGGAGAGCCAUUCAUCCACUUUUCCCACAGGGAGGCAUGGAGCGGUCAAGAACGAGGACACCUUCAAGACCUCCCCGUUUCAUUUUGAUCUGUGGUUCUACUUCACACUGCAGAACUGGGUGCUGGACUUUGGGCGUCCCAUUGCAAUGAUAAUCCUACCUUUGGAGUGGUUUCCUCUAAACAAACCGAGUGCUGGAGAUUAUUUCCACAUGGCUUACAAUGUUAUCACACCAUUUCUUCUGCUAAAGCUCAUCGAGAGAUCCCCCAAGACCUUACCGAGAUCAAUGGUCUACGUCAGCAUCAUCAUGUUUGUCAUGGGAGCCAGCAUCCACUUGGUCGGAGACUCUGUAAACCAUCGCCUGAUUUUCAGUGGCUACCAGCACCAUCUGUCUGUAAGAGAGAAUCCCAUCAUCAAGAACCUGAAGCCAGAGACACUGAUUGAUUCCUUUGAGCUGCUGUACUACUACGAUGAAUAUUUAGGUCAUUCAAUGUGGUACAUCCCUUUUUUCCUGAUACUGUUUAUAUAUUUCACCGGCUGCUUCACGCCUGUUGAAGAGGAGAGCAGGAUGCCAGUGCCUGCCUUGCUUCUGAUGGGGCCCAGUAGCCUUUAUUACUGGUAUCUCGUGACGGAGGGUCAGAUUUUCAUCCUCUACAUUUUCACUUUCUUUGCCAUGAUGGCUUUAGUGAUGCACCAGAAACGCAAAGGACUGGUCCUGGACAGCAAUGGGCUUUUUCUCUUCUACUCCUUCAUCAUAACGCUGGUCCUCAUUGCUGUUUGGGUGGUUUGGCUGUGGGAUGACAAAAUUCUCAGGAAGAAGUACCCUGGUGUGAUCUAUAUCCCCGAGCCGUGGGCAUUUUACACCCUGCACAUGAACAACCUCCAUGCAGCAAAAGAAAGUUUAUAGGUUUUGAUAUUUUAGAGUGAUUUGAAGGAAAAAAAAAUCUAGUUUUUCUAAUGUAGAUGUAUUUCAAAUAAAUUCCUGACCAAUAUUAGCUGGAAGACUUAUCGUAUGUUAACUAGACCUAGCUAGGGAGGGGGUGUUCGAACAAAAGGGAAACAUAGUCUUUGUGACUUAACACUUUAAAGCCAGGGUCGUGGCAGGGGUGUCUCCCCUGGCUUUGCACCGGCCCACCCUCGCAAUUGCACAACGCAGUUCCACACUGGACUUUUUUGGGUGCUUACGGGGACAGCACCAACUCCCUCCCGUAUCGGAGCAGGGGCGCAGCAUCCCAGCCCCACAGUGGUCCCUGCCACUGGUGAAUCCACACACCACCAUCACCGCCCCAGAGAGCAUCCCAGCCUUUAGCGGGAGCAGUUUGCCAGGAAGUCGAAGCACUCUCGCCCGCCCUGUGUCUUGGCAGAGAGAGAUGUAUCCAUUCCUCCCAGCUGAUGAAACACGCCCUACCUUUA